CAUUUGACUUUCUCCUGUAUAUCUCUCUGUCACACUUUCUCCUAUACUCAGAAUGGUUGUACUCCACUCUAUGUGGCCUGUCAGAAUGGACACAAGCAGACAGUUGAUGUUCUGUUGAAGAAUGGAGCAAAUGUUAAUCUGACCAGCACAGUUGAUCUUCUCUCAUCUCCUCUGGGGAUAGCUGCUGAAGAUGGUCACACAGAGAUUGUGGAGAAACUGAUAUCAGCUGGAGCUGUCAUCAACUACCAGAACAAGGAUGGAGCAACUCCACUCAUUAUGGCCAGUUACAAAGGGCACCUGGAAGUAGUUAGACUCCUGCUAGAAUCUGGAGCUAAAGAUCUACCUUAUAAGGAUGGACGUACAGCCAUGAGUUUCGCAAGAGCUGAAGGUCAUCAGCAAAUAGUCAAACUUCUACAGCAGUACAAAGUUUAAACUACGUCUCUCGACUCUGCUUCUUCUAACACUGUAGCCUAGUUCUAUAGCUACUACAUAUAGGUUAUCAGCAACUUGUCUUUCUACAGGAGUAGCUACAAUAUUUAAAGGAAAGAACACUCUACUUAACACUGUAGCUUAUCUCUUUACUAUACUACAUACCAGACUUACUGUUCCUCCUAUUUACCACUUUUAAAUACUGUGUUGUUGCUUAUUUUUGUAUGUCAGCGUAGUUGGUAUACAAACUGUACUCUACGUUAUAUUUUGCUACACCAUGAUAUCAGAGAUUUGCAUGCUAGAUGCACUUGCCACAGAGGUAGAUGCUCAUACAACCACCAUGUAAAUUAACUCUUACGCGCAUGUGCAAGUGCUGUUACAGUGUGUGUGUGUGUGUUGGGUAUUGGGGGAAAGGAUAGUCCUAGAGUUUGGGAGGCGUGUGCCAACCUCACCGCAUAUGGCUGCCUAGUGGUCUGAAGUGUAUGCAUCAUUAAUUGUUGACACCUCUGACCCACCUCUUUCUACUGGGAGAAUAUUG